AUGACGCGGGGCGAUUGGCUGUUCCUGGGUCUGGCGGCUGCGGCGGCCAUCCUGGGCGCCCACCUCCGUGGCCGUGCGGCUCGGCAGAGGCUCAAGGAGCUGCUCGAGGAGUUUGCUGGCCGCGAGGGGCGCGUGGUCAUCACAGGAGCUGGCACCGGCAUCGGCAAGGAGCUGGCACGCCUGCUUAGCCAGCAUCCAUCCAUUUCGGUGCUCCUGGGUUGCCAGCAUGAGAUCGAGCGCGAGGAAGGUCGCAUGAGAGUGCUGCCGUUGGAGUUCCUAGAUUUGGACUCCGUGCAACGCUUUGCUGUUGAAGCAGACAGUUUCCUCAAGGGUGGACAGGAAGGUUUGCGCAUGUUGGUAAACAACGCCGGCUUCAAGGAGAAGGAAAGGUCACCACACACCAAGUACGGUGUCAGCCGAACUUGGCAGGUGAACUUCUUGGGCCCUUUCCUUCUGACGGAAAUGCUUUGCAGACUCCGAGAAACGGACGGGCCCUGUUUCCCGGCCAGUGUCAUCAACGUGGCAAGCGGCCACGAGUCGGAGUCCAACCUGGACGAAGCCCUCUUGGAGGCUUUGGCAGGUGGGCGAGAAACCACGAGUCACGAGUAUGCAGAUUCAAAGCGUGCUUUGCUGCUGUGGACCUCCGUCCGCUCUCAAAGCCUCGCGUUGAAGGGUAACCUCUUCGCACAUGCGGUCUCACCGGGAAAAGUGGACACCAGGUUCGGCUGCGAGGAAAUCCCUUGGUGGCUUUGGAUUUGGUCCGCCCCGGCGAGGAUCUUGAUGUUUCGGACGGUGUCUGAGGGGGCAUUGUCCAUCGCCGCAGCUGGCUUACGGAAGCAGGCCACCAGCAAAUUCGGACAGUAUUUCAGAGAGGAGGAGUUGGCAGAGGAUUUGGUCAUAUGGAGGAUGCCUGAAAAGCGUGUCUCUGUGCAGCUGGUACGCUGGGCGUCCCAGGUCACUUCCUUGAACCCACGCAUGGGUGGCCGACCUUUGGACAUUGGCGGACGUUCGCUCAGCAUCACGGACCUCGUGAACAAAGCCGAGGAAGAUGUUUGGUCAUCGGCAGAGCGACGCUGGCGCUUUCAGGAGCGGCAGGUCAGCCCUCCAAACGCAGGCUGCUGCGUGGCUGGGUGUGAUGCGCGUGAACCGGCCAAGCUCGUUGAUGGUCCCUUCAUGGUGUUGCAGGUGCUGAGCACUUGGAACUUUGAUGUUAUGGGCCAUGAGCUGACGGUUUCAGAUAUCAAGGCGCUGGACUCGUACAUGAAGCGCUGCAAGCUGGGCCCCUUCCGGCUGGGCCGGGCACUGGAGCUACUCACUGACCCGAGCCAUGAGGCAAGGGAGGAGCUGGAAUCCCUUCGCAGUAAAGCGCGAAGAAGGCUGGAGGGACUGAAGCACAUCCAGCGAGUCCGGAUGAAUCGAAUGGACAUGAACCCAGAUGAUGAAGGUGACGAAACCAUUGCAAGCCCACCUUCUGCCACGAACUUGGGAUGA